AUGAAAUUUGGUCAUAACUUCCAACGUGCUUUGGAAAACGACAUGCCUCCUGGCUGGAGCGAUGCAGCCAUUCAAUACAAAGCCCUCAAGAAAUGCAUCAAACGGUUUGUUUACGAACUUUCGUCUUUGGGCUUAAGUUCUGAGACGAUUCGUCGUCUCAUCUCUUCGUCAGAUGAUGAACAGCAGCGAGCCAUCACCAUGACUUAUUCUUUAGCUAAAGAGGGUCAUGUUGUCGUUCCUAAAAUUGUUGUGAAUAUCAACUUUGACAAGUUGAAGGACGAUGAUUUCGCAGCUUCAAUGGUGAAGCAACUUUCUGCUUCUUCCAAUAUUGCGAAUUCCUUCCAUUCUCCAACUUCUCAAACCUUUCAAAUUAACGAGCAAAAUGGUAACCAUAUACUUAAUAAUAAGGUUGCUCAAGUUCAUUCAUAUACGAAGGAUUCUGAGGUUCACCAAAUGGAACUCUUGUUGAAUUUCGACCAUGAGUUUUUUAAAAAGCUUACGACGGAAUUGCAAAACGUUGAACAUUUACAGCAGCAACAACGUAAAAUUUUGCAUAACGCUUUUGAUAAUCUUACUCAUGAUAUUUCCUCGACCGCCUCUCCUGUCUCUAAAAAGCAUUACAAUUCAUUGUAUUGUUGGAGGACUAUUUUUAAGCUAUACUUGGACGCAGACAUUUUUAUGUCUAGUAAGGAAGUUGAAGGAAAUCGUGAGAGGUCUCCAGAAUUAGCUCAACGCCAUUUGAACUGGUUUGAUCAACAAGUUCGGAAGGCUCGGUGUCUUCCUUCCUCAACGAAGCAUCAUGACUGGAUACUUUACAAUCAAUUUGUAGAGCUGAAUCGAAAUCUUCUCAAAAUGACUUUUUUCCAGAGCAUGAACAAGCUUGCUGUUACGAAAAUUCUGAAAAAGUUUGAUAAACGUACUUCACUUACUGCUCAGCCAUUGUUUUUCAAAGUUAUUGAUUCGGAUCCGCUGCUUGUUGCCGAUGAUGUCGCAAAAGCCAUUUGCUUUAAUUUAAAUUCUAAGUUGUUUUCAAUUAUCCCACAAUUACAAGAUUUUGAAUGUGCGAUUUGUUCAAAUAUAGCCUACAAACCUGUGCGUCUUGGUUGCUCGCACGUUUUUUGCUUGCAUUGCUUAAUUAUUUUGCAAAGACAGAAGGUGAAUUUAUGUCCUUUGUGUCGUGCUGAAGAUGUUUUAGAUGCUGAUUCCCGCAACAUUGACCAAGCAUUAUUAAAUUUUAUGAAGACGUUUUUUCCCCGGGAAAUUAAACAGAAGUUGCUUGAGAACGAAGAAGAUUUAUAUUCUGGCCCUUCUUCCACUUCCGUACGUGUGGUUUCUGACAAAAAUGCAUGUGUAAUAAUGUGA